AUGACAACGGAGCAAGACGUAUUAGCCGAAAUCGACACCCUGCUACGGGACGCGGAGCGGUACGACCCGGCCGCCCCCGCUAUCGGGGACCAGUGGAUCCGCUUAUAUCGAGCCGAACCCGAAGCUGCACCGCCACCAGCCAGGCCCACGACGCAGCGAACCGUCCCGCGAGUCGGGACGGUGAUACAACGGUCAGACAGCACGAACGAGAGGAAGCGUGCCUGGCUCCUGUCGGUCCCGCCGCCGCUACCACCUCGGCCAGCACCAGCGCCCGCUGCACCGCGACCGACCCUCCAGCCGGCACGACCGGAGGGGCCUCUUCCACCACCGCCCAUCCCCGUGGAAGUGGAGACGGGAGUGGCCGUGGACGUGCCGCACUUCGCGGCCCACGUACUCACCGGACAUGGAUGUUUCGGUGAGUACCUGCAUAGAAUCGGCAAGGAGGACUUGCCACGGUGUCACCACUGCGAGGAGACAGCGGACACAGCGCAACAUACGCUGGAGUCAUGCCCAGCCUGGGAGGCGCAGCGCCGGGACCUCAGGCUGCACAUCGGAGCGGACCUCUCACUGCCAGCAGUGGUGCACGCCAUAACGGAGCGAGAGGAGGCGUGGACGGAGUUCUCCUCCUUCUGUGAACGUGUUAUGUCACAGAAGGAGGAGGCAGAGCGGAUAAGGAGGGGGGAGUGCGACCCCCUACAGGACGCACAGGGAAAUGGGCGCAGAAGGAGAAGAGCGAGAGGGCGCCCAGCCCACCUAAGAGCGUG